AUGCUCAAGCCACAGCCAACAGCCACCCGUGAGCUCGUCUCAUUAGAUGGCAUAUGGAAUUUUGCACUUGGGUCUCACGACGACAAGAUAGAUAUUGCUUGCACGCAACCUCUCAGUCCUGAGCUACAAGUCCCCGUGCCAGCUAGUUAUAACGACAUCUUCGUCGACCCUAAGAUCCGCGACCAUGUGGGAUGGGUGUACUACCAGCGCGCUGUACGAGUACCCCGAGGCUGGCAUGGGGAAAAGUACUUUAUCCGCGUCGAUGCAGCCACCCAUCACGGCCGCGUAUUCGUCAACUCAAAUUUCGUCACGGAGCAUAGCGGUGGCUAUACCCCCUUUGAGGCGGAUAUAACUCAUCUUGUGGCUGCAGGAGAAGAGUUUUGUUUGACUAUUGCAGUUAGCAAUGUACUCACAAUGGAUACGAUUCCGCCGGGGAGAGUUGAGACGUUGGCGAAUGGAAAACGGAAACAGCAGUAUCAGCAUGAUUUUUAUAAUUAUGCUGGUCUUGCACGAUCGGUCUGGCUUUAUUGUGUCCCUCAAGUUUAUAUUCGGGAUGUAACGGUUGUCACUGAUCUUGCUGAUACAUCUGGGACUACUGGUAUAGUGGAAUAUCAAGUCAUUACUAGUGAAACACUACCUCACGCGCGAAUUCGUGUAUCCUUAUUUGAUGAGGAAGGUCAUAUCGUCGCCCAGAGCAGCGGGCCGCAAAACCGGUUGCAAGUAGAGUCCGCUCACCUAUGGCAACCCGGCGCAGCCUACCUAUAUCAGCUUCAAAUAGAGCUCUUGCACGACGAUAGUUGCGACAAGGUACUCGACAUCUACACCAUACCCACCGGAAUCCGCUCCAUCAAAGUCUCCGGGAUGCAGUUCCUUCUCAACGGCACACCAUUUUACUUCACCGGAUUCGGCAAACACGAAGACAGCGCAAUCCGCGGCAAAGGGUACGAUCCAGCAUACAUGGUCCAUGAUUUCCAGCUCAUGAAAUGGCUCGGAGCCAACUCCUUCCGCACAUCGCAUUACCCCUACGCUGAAGAAGUGCUAGAAUAUGCUGACAGGCAUGGAAUUGUGGUGAUUGAUGAAACGGCUGCUGUGGGUUUGAAUCUUGCUAUUGUUGCCGGUAUCCAUGGCACCAAGGCGCCUCCAACGUUUUCGCCAGAGACGAUCAAUGAUAAAACCCAGGAUGCUCAUAAACAGGCGCUAAAGGAGCUUAUAGCCCGCGACAAGAACCAUCCCUGUGUGGUUCUCUGGAUGAUCGCAAACGAGCCUGCAUCCGGCGAAGAAGGAGCUAUAAAAUACUUUGAGCCCUUGGUCAAACUGACCCGAGAACUUGAUCCCAGCCGUCCCAUUUGCUUUGCUAAUAUGGCCUUCAAUCCGGUAAACAGAGAUCUAAUAUCUGACAUGUUCGAUGUUCUCUGUCUCAACCGCUACUUUGGCUGGUACAAGCACACCGGCGACCUAGACAUGGCCGAAGAAGCUCUACACGACGAACUUUCCGGCUGGCAACGCAAAUUCGACAAACCGAUAAUCAUCACGGAAUAUGGCGCGGACAGUCUAGCGGGCUUGCACGCAGUUAUGGACGUCCCCUGGAGCGAAGAAUAUCAAUCUCGUAUGCUGGAGAUGUGCCAUCGCGUUCAUGAUCGUGUAGAGGCGGUGAUUGGAGAACACGUAUGGAAUUUUGCAGAUUUCCAGACGACGUCACAGAUCUUUAGGGUUGAUGGGAAUAAGAAAGGUGUUUUUACAAGGGAUCGGAAACCCAAGGCUGCUGCUCGUGUGUUACGAGAGCGCUGGAACAAGGCAUACUGA